GCGAUGCCCGGAGCUUUGCGCACUCUGCCGCUGAUGUUCCAGGCCAGGAUGCAGCAGCAGCAGCAGCAGCAGCAGCAGCCGCCGACGAGCGAGCCGUACGGCGCGCCCUUCUACUCGGCGCUCGGCGACAGCUCGGGCAUCCCCAACAGCGCCGGCAGCUCGGCCAGCAACUCGCCCGACCACCACUGCUACUCGCCGCGGGCGCGCGGCGCGCACCUCGUCGACCUGUCGGCGGCGCCCGCGGCGGUCCAGCAGCUGCACUACGCCCAGCCCAAGCUGCCCGGCUUCCAGCACCCACUGUUCCAGCAGCAGCCGCAGCCGGCCUACACCUACGACGGCCUCGAGGACAAGCUCGGGCCCGUUAAGUUCUACCAGGAGCCGGAGCUGGCCGAGCACGCCGGCUACCUGUCCUACUCGCCCGCCAGCGACGCGGGCGCGCCCCCGGCGCCGGCGCCCGUCUGCUACGGCGCCGGCGAGCUGGUCCGGCUGAAGACCGAGCCGGGGGCGGCGCCCGCGCCCGCGCCGCCGGUCAAGCGCGAGCCGGCGCCGGCGCGGCCGGGGCCCGCGCGCCGCAAGCGCGCCGCCAGCGAAGCGGAGAGCGACGAGUCCGGCGCCUCGUCCUCGUGCUCGGGCCGCUCGGCCAAGCUGCGCCGGCGCAGCGGCGCCACCGAGGAGGAGCUGCACCAGCAGCGCGCCAUGGCCAACGUGCGCGAGCGCCAGCGCACGCAGAGCCUCAACGACGCCUUCUCGCUGCUGCGCAAGAGCAUCCCCACGCUGCCCAGCGACAAGCUCAGCAAGAUCCAGACGCUGCGGCUCGCCGCCAAGUACAUCGACUUCCUGUACCAGGUGCUGCACUGCAACGUGGACGUGGAGGGCGCCGAGGAGCUGGGCGAGCGCAGCGCCAGGGGCGCCGUCCUCGCGGCGGCGCGCGACGUCGCCGCCUCCUCGCAGUCGUCGACCUGCACCUUCGUGGCCCAUGAGAAGCUGGCCUACGCGUUCAGCAUGUGGCGGAUGGAGGGCGACUGGAACGCCGGCUGCUGAUCGGCCGCUCCUCGCCCGCUUUGCCCGCGCGCAAAGCGCCGACCGACGAGAGCUGCGCCCGAGCGCCUUCCCUCCCGGCCCCCGCCGCCGCCGCCGUCGUCGUCGUCGUCGUCGUCGUCGUCGUCGUCGUCGUCGUCGUCGGGGCUCACCUCGAGCGUCGGGCGACCUCGCUGUCGCGCCCGCGCCAUACAACAAGUCUGCCAAAGAGACGCCUGCUCGUCACUUCGCUGCAUUACCUUGCGC